UGCCAGGACCUUAUCGUGGGGACAAAAACGAUGAUACAAAACCCAAGUAUUUUCCAAAAAUAAUCCUUGGUAGAUAGCCCGGUGUAUGCCAAAUAUCUGCUGAGAAGAAAUCUCCUCUUGCACCUUCCAUACGUUUUCUUUAGGACAGACUGUUCCCCGAGAAGCUUGCAAAAUGGACAUGAAUGACUCAGGCCUGGCAUGGUUGCAGCAAUACCCUCCGUCCUUGAAUUCAGACUCUGAGGUUUACGCUCCUGUGACCCUGUGGGACUACGCUGAGUGUGUGUCUGGCAUCCUGAUCUGCUGUGAAAAUGGAAUUGUUGUGGCGACCAUUUUCUCCUCCCAGCUGCUGCGGGCACCCAUGUUUCUCCUCAUCGGCUCACUUGCGUGGGCAGACUCUCUGGUCGGGGUGGGUCUCGUUCUUCGCUUCCUGUCGCGCAUAACUGUGUAUUCGGAAGUGCUCUCACUAGCCAGCGUGUGUGUCUGUGUGGGCGCCCUCAGUGCGAGUGUUUGCUCUCAGCUGGGCAUCACCCUGGACCGUUUCCUGUCGCUACGCUGCGCGCUGACGUACGGCUCGCACACACACCGCACACACACGCGUGCCGCCCUCGCCCUCGCGUGGCUGCUGGCAGCACUGCAAGGGGCUCUGCCGCUGCUGGGCGUGAGCUGCGCCCUGGACUCCCUCCCGCCCACGCACUUCACCGCGUGCAGCGUGGUGCGUCCCCUGACGCGGAUCCACCUGAGCGUCCUCUGCGGCGGCUUCCUCCUGAUCCUGGUGGUGAUGCUGCAGCUGAACGCGCACAUCUGCCAGGUGGUGCGUCGCCAUGCCCGGAUGAUCGCCCUGCAGCGCCACACUCUCCCUCAAGCACACACGCCCAAGCGCUGCCGCACACACACCCUGGCGCUCAGCUUUGCCACCUUCGCCAGCUGCUGGUUGCCCUUUACCCUCUACGGUCUCCUAGGCGAUGGCUCGGCGCCAGGUCACUACACCUAUGCAACACUGGUACCUGUAGCAACACACCUGCUGAUCAACCCUCUCAUCUACGCCUACCGCAACACGCACAUCCGCAAAAUCCUGCUCAAGUCUUUUGGCUGUUCCCACACACAUUUGCAGCACACACACACACCCAGUGACGUCUGAUACGGUGACGUCUUGCACUACGUGAUGUUCUAGAGCUGAGAAAUUGAUGGAUCUCAACAGAUGAACAGUUCACUGCCAAAGGCUGCUGGCCAACACCUGCCCCUAAAGAAAGGGGGCGGAGAGAGCUGGUCAAAGCUCGACCCAUCGAUCGGACCUGUGCCUCAUUAUCUUCUGCACUUUAUAAAAGACAGACUGCUGUUAACUGAGAACGACACUGCUGAAACGGAUGAGUAGUGAAACUACUGAAAUGGUGCUAGUAUGCCUGUUGAGUCUGUGCAGCUUCCAUAGCUUUAAUGGUUUA